UGUUGACGGUUAGUAGGUAACCUAUGCAUGUUUCGUGGAGACGCGUUGCGUGUUUAUAUGAUACAAAAGAAACGUUAAUAUAUUCUACGGUUAAAUAAGUAUAGUAAAUAAAGUAAAAGCCGAAAAUGGAUUUCCAAAAUCGUCCAGGAGGGAAAACUGGAGGCGGUGGUGUUGCUUCUUGGUCAGAGAGCAAUCGAGACAGGAGGGAACGUUUACGACAACUUGCAUUAGAAACUAUUGACCUUAAUAAAGAUCCGUAUUUUAUGAAAAAUCACUUGGGUUCUUACGAAUGUAAAUUGUGUUUGACAUUACAUAAUAACGAGGGUAGUUAUUUAGCCCACACGCAAGGUAAAAAGCAUCAGGCUAACUUGGCUAGAAGAGCCGCUAAGGAAGCUAAAGAAGCACCGCAAACACUUGCCCCUGAAAAACCUCGAGUAGAACCGAAAAAAUUUGUGAAAAUUGGAAGACCUGGUUACAGGGUAACCAAACAACGGGACCCAGAAUCUGGACAACAAAGUUUAUUGUUUCAAGUUGAUUAUCCGGAAGUUGCGGACAAUGUUAUUCCACGACAUAGGUUUAUGUCAGCGUACGAACAAAGAGUUGAACCACCAGAUCGUAAAUGGCAGUACUUAUUGUUUGCUGCGGAACCCUAUGAAACAAUAGCUUUUAAAGUUCCCAGCAGAGAAGUUGAAAAGGCAGAAGGAAAAUUUUGGACACAUUGGAAUAAAGAUACUAAGCAGUUCUUCCUACAGUUUGCAUUUAAGAAUGAAAAACCAUCGGUUGGCAAAGUACCACCACCUCCAGUUCCUUUAAUAAGACCUGGAUUAGGACCACCUAUGGUGCCGGUUCCACCUCCACCAAGGCCUCCUAUGUUUAAUCCAGUACCACCACCACCUGCACUUUUAGCCACAGGCAUGCAAAUACCUCCACCACCACCACACCUAGCAUAG